AUGGGUUGCUUUGGCCGUGGCUGCUUUGGAUCGCAAGUCUUGAUGCUCGGUUCAUUUGCAAUGUACGCGAUCGAUAUAAUUUGGAUGCUGCCGCAUCUGAGUUGCAGUCAAAAAGAGUGUCGUUUCUCGAGUGAGUUGGAGCCCGGAAACGCCUCGCUGUGUCGCACUGCAUCGAUAGUCCUUCGCGCUAUUGUCUUCGUUGUCCCUGGCUUCCGCGACGGACGGUGUCUGAUUAGGGCGCAGCACGCGUACGGGACCAAUCAGAAUAUGCUGGUGCCCUGCUCACCGCUACGUUUCGCAUUGUCGCUCCGCCAUCCGUUUAGAUGGAUGAGGAAAACUGUUACAAGAAAGGAUGUUGCACCAUCUCUUUGCGAUUCGGUCGACCUCCAAGAUCGCCUGUGUAGACAGGGGAUGACGGGAUAG